AUGGAGGGGUUGGAGCGGCUCGAAGGGCUCACUGAACUAGGUGGCCCCUCCUUGUUCGAGGUCGUUGGCGCCGACAGGCUUGCGGCAGCUGCUGCGGCGGCGCUGGAUCAUGUGCUGAGAGUGUGGGGCAUCAGAGCGUCAAGAAGGUUCUGGUGGGUGAGGAGCUACCGAGAAGAAGUUAUCGGGAUCGCUCGGCUGCUCCUAGAACGACAGAGCAUGGAAGGGCGGAAUGCUUCUGCUGGGGAAGGGUUCUUCGGACUCAUCCGCGAGGCGGCGGCUGGGGGGGUACCGAGUGCGAGACAGAAGCGGCUCUCGCUCAUUUUCCUUGUCGCCAUGCCAUACGUGCAGGCCAAGAUCGACAGCCUCAUUCGUCGUCCUGAAGACGAGGAGCUGGAGGCAGCGCCAUUGCCUUCGGGCAACUUCGAACCGCCUGUAGAAGGCAGGUUGUGGGCGCAGGCGCUGGGGCAGCCGGCGGGAAGUGUCUGGAGGCCUCCAGCCUCCCUUGCAUGGACUUGGCUGGAUUGGGCGAGAGCAGUAUGGCCGUGGGUGCAGGCUCUGAAGGAAGGAUGGGUGCUGGCGUACCAGAUUGGAUACCUCUUCAGCAAGACUCCGUUCAGCAGCCCUUGGCUUCACCUCCUUGGCUUGAAACUCCGGCGAAUGACUUCAGAAGAUUUCAUAAGGCUCGAGCAAAUGCUGAGAAGUGCUAGAGCAGCUCAGUUUGCGUGGGCAGACAAGCAUGCAAUGUCUCGAUACUGA